CCCUAAGAGGGGAGAUUCCAAAGGAGUUUGGUAACAUGGCAAGCCUGCAAAACCUGAGCUUAGCUUCAAACUUUCUGACAGGAAUGAUUCCAAAGGAGUUUGGUAAAUUGACAAGUCUGCAACACCUGAACUUAGCUUCAAACUCGCUGGAAGGGAAUAUUUCAAAGGAAUUUGGUAACAUAACAAGCCUGCAAGACUUGAGUUUGGCUUCAAACUUCCUGACAGGGGAGAUACCAGAUGAGUUGGGAAACUUGAGCUCGUUACAGAGUCUCGAUCUCAGCAACAAUAGUUUAUUUGGCCAUAUCACAGGAAUUAGCCGCAUGAAUCAGCUCUCUUAUCUCUUUUUGUCAGGAAACAAAUUAUCAGGACAAAUCGCAUUAGCGUUGGGACAAUCCAGCGGGUUAUUAGAACUUGACCUUAGCCAUAACUUGUUAGAGGGUCAUAUACCUUCAACAAUUGGUGGCAUGAUCAACCUGGUGAAUCUUAACUUGUCUGCAAACAAACUCUCUGGUGAGCUAUCAGAGAAUCUUGGUGAGCUCGAUAACUUACUGCUGUUGGAUUUGAGCAGCAAUGAAUUAUCUGGAUCAAUACCCUCCAAGUUAUCAUGGCUUAUAUUUUUGCAGCAGCUCAAUGUAUCUCACAACAACCUCUCAGGUCACAUCCCUGAAACAUUCUCAGACAUGAAUGAUCUAUACUCCAUUGAUUUCUCUUAUAAUAUGUUAACAGGGCCGAUUCCUUCUGGAGAAGUUUUCCAGGCAGCAUACAAGGCUUAUGUCGGUAAUGCUGCAGGUUUGUGUGGAGAUGCUAUCGGUUUGCUCUCGUGUGGGUCCAGUCCCUCAGACCAAAACCCUCAUAAGAACCACACGACACUACUUAUCGCUAUCACUAUCCCGGUGGUUGGAUGUUCCCUUAUGCUAGUCACCAUUGCACUAGCAUGCCGUAGACAACGGACCAGGACCAGCGAAGUGGCUGAAACUGAAAACCAUUCUUUUGUGUGGGAUACAGGCCUCAAGUUUAAACUCACAGAUGUCAUGGAAGCCAUAGAUAACUUCAAUGAAGCAUAUUGCAUAGGAAGAGGAAGUUUUGGUGUUGUGUACAAAGCUGAACUGCCCUCUGGCCAAGUAUUGGCUGUGAAACGACAUCAUUUUUCUGCCGAGAGUGACAUUCAGGAGAGAAAUGUAAGAAGUAUCUUGAAUGAGAUCCAAAUUUUGUUGGGGGUGAGGCACCGGAAUAUUGUGAAGCUACACGGAGCUUGCACAAAGAAGGGUGUCAUGUACUUGGUAUAUGACUAUGUGGAAAGAGGGAGCUUACACGAUGCCCUGUACAGUGUGUUUGAGGCAUUGACAUUUGAUUGGGCAAUGAGAGUGAAAGUGAUUCAUGGACUGGCUCACGCUUUAGCUUACCUUCACAAUGACUGCUCACCGAACAUUUUUCAUCGAGAUAUAUCGAUAAACAACGUCUUGUUAGAUAGUGAUUUCGAGCCGAAAGUCUCUGAUUUUGGAACUGCUAAGCUGCUGACACAUGAUGCAUCUACUUGGACUGCUAUUGUAGGCUCCUAUGGUUAUAUUGCUCCAGAGCUUGCAUACAUGACCAAGUUCACGGACAAGUGUGAUGUGUAUAGUUUCGGAGUGGUGACACUGGAGGUUAUGAUGGGAAUGCAUCCUGGAGAGCUGCUUUUGAAUUUACAAUCAAUGUCAUCAUCCUCUCAAGGAAAUGAUCUACUGCUGAAAGAUGUGUUAGACCACAGGCUGCCUCCUCCCACAGGCCAAUUAGCUGAAGAAGUUGUGUUCAUAGUGAAGAUUGCUCUAGCUUGCACUCAGACCAAGCCAGCGUCCAGGCCCGCAAUGCGUUCCAUAGCGCAAGAGUUUUUGACUCGAAAAAAAUCCUACUUUUCUGAGUCAUUGGGAACUAUCAACCUCAAGAGUCUCUUAAGGGUUUCAAGAAGCGGACUUGUUCUUUGUUCAAAGUUAACAACUGGUCUGCAAACUAUUCUAUUUUCAUGCAAAAUGAGCAUAAGUAAUGCAUUAAAAGUAAGUGCUUCAUCCAGUGCACAUCAUCCAAAGAUGAAACCAAUGGCAUUAGACAUACUCGUUUUCCUACUCUUCCUCUUCUCACAUAAUUUCCACUUGAAAUGCAAGGCCGAGACAGAAGCAGAGGCACUUCUGAAAUGGAAGAAUAGCUUGUCCAAUCCUGAAUCUCUGAGCUCAUGGAGCCUGAUCAACUCCACCAACCACUGCCACUGGUUUGGCAUCACUUGCAACACGGCCGGUAGCAUAGUUGAGCUCAAAUUGCCGGACUGCAGCCUCGAUGGCAACCUCGACGAGCUAGAUUUUACUUAUCUAUCAAAUGUCACCAAAAUCGACCUCAGCGGAAAUACUCUGACUGGUUCAAUCCCAAGAACCCUCUCUGCUCUCGCCAAGCUCACUUCAUUGGAUAUCAGCAACAAUGGCUUAGAGACUUCAGAUUUCUCCGAGUUCAAAGCCAUGCCAACAUUAACACACCUUUCACUCAGAUCAAACAACUUUCCAACAAUGGAAUUGCCAUCCUUCAUACUCAAUUGCACUAAUCUAACCGUCCUUGAUCUAUCAGUUAAUGAGUUCAAUGGAACAAUACCUGAUUCCCUUGUAACCAAUCUGAUUAACCUUCAAUAUCUGGAUCUCUCCUUCAACUCAUUCUCUGGGUCGAUACCUUCAAGUAUAGGAAACAUGGCUUCACUGGAGCACUUAGACAUGAACGACAAUUCAUUGGAGGGGAAGCUACCAAGCACCAUGUCUCAGCUUGAGAACCUCACGUACCUAGAUUUAUCAAAUAACAAGUUAAAUGGUGGCAUCCCUGCGGGUCUCGGACAAGGGGGUCUACUUUACGUGGCCAAAUUCUCGAGCAACAAAUUCUCAGGGGAGCUGCCGGAGUCUCUGUGCAUGGGAUUCGAGCUCCAGCACCUGGAUGUGAGCAAAAACAGCUUUUAUGGAGCAUUGCCGUCUUGCUUGCGCCACUGCACAAGUUUAAUACAAAUCGUGUUGAAUGGGAACCACUUCGUGGGAGACAUAUCAAAGGCGUUCGGCGUGCAUCCGAAGCUCAUUUCUUUGUAUCUCAAUGGAAACCACUUGACCGGAACUCUGUCUACAGAUUGGGGACAGUGCACUAGCUUGACUUCCUUGAUUAUUGAAGGCAAUGAUAUAUCUGGUGAGAUUCCCAAGGAAUUUGGCAACAUGAGAAGCCUGCAAGAACUGAGCUUAGCUUCAAACUUCCUGACAGGGGAGAUACCACAUGAAUUGGUAAACUUGAGUUCGUUAUGGAGUCUCAAACUCAACAACAAUAUGUUAUCAGGCCAUAUCCCAAGAAUUAGCCUCACGACUCCGCUCAUUCUUCUCGAUUUGUCAGGAAACAAACUAUCAGGACAGAUUCCAGAAGAGUUGGGAAAUUCCAGUGAGUUAUCAUCUCUUAAUCUCAGCCACAACUUGUUGGUGGGUCAUAUAUCAGAGAAGCUUGGGGGCCUUACGAAUUUAAUGCAACUAGAUUUGAGCAGCAAUGAAUUAUCUGGCUCAAUUCCUUCCAGCUUAGCAAGGCUUAAAGCUUUGCAGCAGCUUAAUGUGUCUCACAACAAACUCUCAGGCCAAAUCCCUCAAACAUUCUCAGGCAUGUAUAAUCUAUACACCAUUGAUUUCUCUUAUAAUGCUGGUUUGUGUGGAGAUGCUUUCGGUUUGCCCUCGUGUAAGUUCUCUCAUAAGAAACUAAUUAUCGCCAUCACUGUCCCUGUGGCUGGAUGUUCUCUUAUGCUACUAGUCGCAAUUGCAAUAGCAUGCCGUAGACAACGGACCUGCAAAGUCGCAGAAACUGAAAACUGUUCCUUAGUGUGGGAUACAGGUCUCAAGUUUAAAUUCACAGAUGUCAUGGAAGCCAUUGAUGACUUCAAUGAAGUAUACUGCAUAGGAGAAGGAAGUUUUGGGGUUGUGUACAGGGCUGAACUGCCCUCUGGCCAAGUAUUGGCUGUGAAACGACAGCAUUUUUCUGAUGAGAGCGACAUUCAGGAAAACAAUGUAAGAAGUUUCCUAAAUGAGAUCAAAAUUUUGUUGGAGGUGAGGCACCGCAAUAUUGUUAAGCUGCACGGAGCUUGCACAAAGAAGGGUGUGAUGCACUUGGUAUUUGACUAUGUGGAGAGAGGAAACUUAGGCGAUGUCCUAUACAGUGUGCUUGGGGGAUUGACAUUCGAUUGGGCAAUGAGAGUGAAUGUGAUCCAUGGAGUGGCUCAUGCUGUAGCUUACCUUCACAAUGACUGCUUGCCAAACAUUGUCCAUCGAGAUAUAUCGAUAAACAAUGUCUUGUUAGACAAUGAUUUUGAGCCGAAGGUCUCUGAUUUUGGAACUGCUAAGAUGCUGAAACAUGAUGCAUCUAGUUGGACUGCUGUUGUAGGCUCCUAUGGUUACAUUGCUCCAGAGCUUGCAUACAUGACCAAGUUCACGGACAAGUGUGAUGUAUAUAGUUUCGGAGUGGUAACACUGGAGGUUAUGAUGGGAAUGCAUCCUGGAGAGCUCCUUUUGAAUCUACCAUCAAUGUCAUCAUCCUCCCAAGGAAAUGAUCUAUUGCUGAAAGAUGUGUUGGACAACAGGUUACUCCCUCCCACAGGCCAAUUAGCUGAACAAAUUGUGUUCAUAGUGAAGGUUGCUCUAGCUUGCACUCAGACUGAUCCUGCAUCAAGGCCCACAAUGCUUUCCAUAGCUCAAGAGCUGUCAACCAGGAAAAAGUCUUACCUUUCUGAGCCACUGGGAACUAUCAGCUUCAAGAAUCUCUUACAGGUUUCAAGAAGCGGUGUACUAUUGAAAUGAGGCAUGGUCUUAAGCUUAUGAAGAGUCUUUGGAGGGACAGUGAGGUUCAGGCAAAACAGAGCUUAACUAAAGAUGAGGUUGUGUCAAAUAAUUUGCUAAUGUUUUGUCAUAUAGAUGCUGCUUGUUUCUUAUACCAACGUUGUUGGAUGUGUUAAUAUAUUAUUUUUCAUAUGCAUAGUAUAUUAGGUUACCGCUGAAUAUCAUGUAUGUCUAUGCUGGGGAACAGAGCAGGGCGUAAGAAUUAAUAUCCAAGUUGGUUUUCAGUUAUUGUUUUGUUUCAGUGAAUUUUUACAA